AAAUGCUCGUUUCCUAGCAACACAAAAGUAACAUAAUUUUCCGCUAGUCGUUGCAACUUCGUCUUCGAAAAUGGACGAACCGACUCAAACAGAGUCAAAACCACUUUCUACACGGUCUGUGUUCAGCUUUAUACCGCCGAGACGAAAUGAACCGAAAGAGAGAAGAUAUUUCAACACGACUCCUAAGGCAGCAGAAAAGCAUCUGUACGACUCUAUAUACCGGCGAGCUGAAGGAUAUGAUAUGAAGUUACACCGUGAUGACCGAGAGCACGCCAACAGCCGCGGCUUGAACGUCCACACUGAGGAAUGCUCCAGACCCGUAGCCGUGCUCACCUCAUCCGAGUACGGCCGCCGGCCGCCGGUGCCGUCGUACACGUCGGACCGCCCGUUUGCCCGUGUUGCUCACAUACGCGAGUUUUACAGGAAAAACGGCAUUAGCAAAUCAGUGGAGGAGGGCUACGGCUCUGUCUUUCCAGUCUGAGCUAAAAAAAAAAAAAAAAAAAACCCCAAAAAACCCCAAGGAGCAUGUCUUAAUAGCAGGUGCUGACUUUUUUUUUUUAUUGUGAUGAUCAUUGCAGCUGAUAGAAAUACAAAUAUUGCUCUUCAUUUGUGGUGGUAAUGAGUGUCAAGCUUUUUUUUUUUAUUCGCAAAAGCUUACAUGUAUAAAUGGGACGCAGAGAUGCUUAUAUAGAAAGUCUUUAAUGGAUAAGAAAAUGGCGGCAACAAAACAUGAACACAGACAUUUGACAGACACCCAUCUGUCCUUGUCUAAAAUGACUGACACACACACACACACUAAGUCCAUACAAUCCUUGGUGAGAAAUGAAGUUCUGUUUAAAUUAGUUAUUCUGCUUGAAAUAAAGUUUGCUGUACAAACGUC